AUGGCAUCAACUCAGGCCACGCCAGACAUGUCUGGUCAGCCUCAAGGCCAAGGGCAGCUGCCUGCCAACCUCAGUAAGGAACAGGUUGCGCAGAUAUUCCAGAAAUACCAGCAGAUGAAGGCGGCAGGCGUUCCUGACACCAACCCUGAUCUCAUCAAGGCCCGAAAUGUCCUCGCCAUGGUCCAGAAGCGCAACCAGUACAUCGCACAGCAGCAGAAGAUGAUGCAGCAACAGCAACAUCAGCGACAGCAGAGCCUCACCGAGCAGCAGAACGGUCAGCAGAACGGCGCUGCCGUGGCUAUGAAUGGCGCGAAGCUGUCUGACGGCUCGUCUGCUACACCCGCUACAAGCGGGCCUUCUGGCGGCGCGCAGUCUACUGUUGCGGGCGGACAAGCACUAUCUGGAGAUGGCCAGACACCCACUUCUGCAACGAGCGGUGGCCAAGGUGGCUUCACAAAGGAACAGCUGUUCAUGCUCAGGAACCAGAUCUCGGCUUUUAAGCAUCUGUCCAAGGGUCUUCCUCUGCCGGCUAACAUGCAACAACUGUUCAGCACGCAGCAGGCCAAGAAGCCUCAGAGUACCUCUGACGCUGUCGCAGCCGCCUCGCAGGUCUUAGACAAUGCCACACGCGCCGCGAGCGCAUCAGUCGGACCCAGCGGUGCUGUGCAAGAGCCCAGGAAUCUGCCGCGCCUUCCUGAUACUUUCAUUGAGCCCUGGAAGAGCGAAGCCUUCCACGACGUCAACUACAUCUCGCACACUCGGCGCAAGAACCGCCCAUACCUCCCUUCGAUCAUGCCUCAGGGCGUUGACAUCGAUGCCGUUCAGCAAGGCAUGCAAGAGCUGCGCAAGGAACGCGAGACUAUCCUGUACAACCGGAUUACCGCGCGAAAGGCUGAACUGGAGAAGUUCAACGCCAACAUCGGUUCGUGGGAUACAAGCAAGACAGACUCGCCCGAGGAUGACGGCAAGGUCAAGCUCGCACUUGUCAUUGAGCAGAAGAAGCUCAACCUCUUGGAGAAGCAGCGCAAGCUGCGUAGAGAGAUCGCCCAGCAGAUGAUCCACGCUGACAACCUGGCAAUGACUGCCAACCGCACAGUCUACCGCAGACUCAAGAAGCAGUCGAUGCGCGAAGCCCGUCUUACCGAGAAGCUCGAGAAGCAACAGCGCGAUGCCCGUGAGACGAAGGAGAAGAAGAAGCACCACGAAUUCAUCGAUGCUAUAAGGAAACACCGCACAGAGCUUACAGAAGCCAGCAUGGCUCAACGACAACGCCUGCAGAAGCUCGGUCGUAUCAUGAUCACCACUCACCAGAACAUCGAGAAGGAAGAGCAAAAGCGCAUCGAGCGUACCGCCAAGCAGCGUCUGCAGGCUCUGAAGGCCAACGACGAAGAGACCUAUCUCAAGCUUUUGGGCCAGGCCAAGGAUACACGUAUCUCUCACUUGCUGAAGCAGACCGAUGGUUUCUUAAAGCAGCUCGCCGCCAGUGUCAAGGCGCAACAGCGAAACCACUCAGAUCGUUACAAGCUCAACAACGCCGAGGAGGCGUCGGACGAGUCUUCAGACGACGAAGGUGCCACUGACGACGAGGCCCGACCUGGGAAGAAGAAGACCGACUACUACGAAAUUGCCCAUCGUAUCAAGGAGACUGUCAGUGCACAGGCCUCGUGCUUGGUCGGUGGUACAUUGAAGGAGUACCAGGUCAAGGGUCUGCAGUGGAUGAUCUCGCUGUACAACAACAACCUCAACGGUAUUCUUGCUGACGAGAUGGGUCUCGGAAAGACCAUCCAGACGAUUAGUCUGAUCACAUAUCUCAUCGAGAAGAAGCACCAGCCCGGACCUUUCCUGGUUAUUGUACCACUCAGUACACUGACGAACUGGACCAGCGAGUUCGAGAAGUGGGCGCCUAGCGUGACGAAGAUUGUGUAUAAAGGACCGCCGAACCAGCGGAAGCAGUUCCAGCAGCAGAUCCGAUGGGGCCAAUUCCAGGUCCUGCUCACCACUUACGAGUUCAUCAUCAAGGACCGUCCGAUCCUGAGUAAGAUCAAGUGGGUACACAUGAUCGUCGAUGAGGGACACCGUAUGAAGAACGCCAACUCGAAGCUGAGCAGCACCAUCACACAGUACUACACCACUCGCUUCCGUCUCAUUCUUACCGGCACCCCAUUGCAGAACAACCUGACUGAGCUGUGGGCUAUGCUCAACUUCGUACUGCCAACCAUCUUCAAGUCCGCGACGUCGUUCGAUGAAUGGUUCAACACUCCGUUCGCCAACACUGGUGGUCAAGACAAGAUGGAGCUGACAGAAGAAGAGCAGCUGCUCGUUAUUCGUCGUCUUCAUAAGGUUCUCCGCCCGUUCCUUCUGCGUCGUCUCAAGAAGGAUGUCGAGAAGGAUCUGCCUGACAAAACCGAGCGCGUCAUCAAGUGCAACUUCUCUACUCUGCAAGCCAAGCUGUACAAGCAGCUCGUCACGCACAACAGGCUCAUGGUUAGCGACGGGAAGGGUGGCAAGACUGGUAUGCGUGGUCUGAGCAACAUGCUCAUGCAGUUGCGAAAGCUGUGCAACCAUCCCUUUGUCUUUGAGGAAGUUGAAGAUCAGAUGAACCCUACGCGCGGUACCAACGAUCUUCUAUGGCGUGCGGCAGGAAAGUUUGAGCUCCUGGAUCGUAUUCUGCCUAAGUUCCACGCCACAGGGCAUCGCGUGCUCAUGUUCUUCCAGAUGACACAGAUCAUGAACAUCAUGGAAGAUUACCUGCGGUUACGAGGCAUGAAGUACAUGCGUUUGGACGGUGCCACCAAGGCUGACGACCGAUCUGAUUUGCUGAAGGCUUUCAAUGCUCCCAACUCGCCUUACUUCUGUUUUUUGCUGUCUACACGCGCUGGUGGUCUUGGUCUCAACUUGCAGACCGCCGAUACUGUCAUCAUCUACGACUCCGACUGGAAUCCUCAUCAGGAUUUGCAGGCCCAAGAUCGUGCUCACCGUAUCGGACAGAAGAACGAAGUGCGCAUUCUCCGCCUCAUCACGUCCAACUCUGUCGAAGAGAAGAUUCUCGAGCGAGCCAACUACAAGCUUGACAUGGACGGCAAGGUCAUUCAGGCUGGUAAGUUCGACAACAAGUCCACGAACGAAGAGCGUGAUGCCAUGCUGCGAGUCAUGUUGGAGUCUGCUGAAGCUGCCGAAAGCCUUGAGCAAGAAGAAAUGGACGACGAUGAUCUCAACCUGAUCAUGAUGCGAAAUGAAGAUGAGUUCAAGCUCUUCCAGGAAAUGGACAGGAAGCGGCUAGUAGAGGACCCAUACGGCCCAGGAAAGGCACUCCCACGUCUCAUCGGUGAGAGCGAACUUCCCGACAUCUACCUCAACGAGGAGGGACCUGUUGUCGAAGAAGUUGCGGACACACCUGUCGGUCGCGGUGCUCGUGAACGUACACGCGUCAAGUACGACGACGGUCUUACGGAAGAGCAAUGGCUUGAGGCUGUUGACAAUGACGAAGACACUAUCGAAGCUGCCAUCGCCCGCAAGGAGGCUAGGGUCGCUAAGCGGGGGCGCAAGUCCGGCCUGAGGGAAGAAUCACCUGCGCUGUCACGAGAGAGCUCAGAAGAGCCGGUACCGAAGAAGCGCGGCAGGAAACCAAAGCUGCCCGAGAAGCGCAAGGCCGACGAAGCAUCUCUAGAUGGGGACGUGGCGCCCCGCAAGCGCGGGCGGCCAGCACCAGCCAAGGACAACUUGCAGCCCCAGCAGCGCGCCUCGCUACAAAAGAUUGUCAACACGGUUUACGAAGCGCUCAACGAUCUCGAAGAGGAGUCGACGGAGGAAGGGAUUCCCAACCGCGGCAUCAUCGACCCCUUCAUCGAGCUGCCUGACAAAUGGGACUACCCCGACUACUACCAGCUCAUCAAGAACCCGAUCUGCAUGAACCAAGUUAAGAAGAAGAUCAACAAGAAGGAGUACCAGUCGCCCAAGCAGUUCCGGGCCGAUGUGGCGCUGCUGUGCGCCAACUGCCGGCUCUACAACGAGGACAGCAGCCUGUUGUACCAGGACGCCAAUCUCAUUGAGCAGACGGCGGUCGACAAGCUCAGGGAGGCGGCGCAGGAGUUUCCGGAGUGGCAGGACUUUGACGACGCGGCGAGUGCGACGGGUGGGCUGAGCACGGGCGUGACGAGCGCUGUGGGUACGCCGCGGGCGAUUUAG